AUGGCGCCGCCUGCUCCACAGCCGCUCCGGCCGCCCCGGCGCGCCUCGCGUCUGCGCACGCGCGACCGGCGCGCGCUCCCGGCCCGGCGCGGCGACUGCGCAGGCGCGUCGGGGCCCCGCCCGGCCCCGCCCCCGGCCCCGCCCCUCCGGGAAAGGCAGCGCGCAGGCGCGUCGGGGCCCCGCCCCGCCCCGCUCCGGCCGCGAUCCCGCCCCCCCCCACCCCCCACCGCCGGCGCGCGGCGGUCCCGGCGGCGGCGCGAGAGGGCGGGGCCGGGCGCGGCGCGCAGGCGCGGCCGGAAGCGGAGGGGGCGGAGCCGGAAGCGAGCGCCGGGCCCGCUCAGGCGGCGCCAUUUUGCGCCCGGAGCCGUCGGGGCCGACCGGCUUUUCCGGAGGCGGGGAGGAGGAGGGACGCGGGAGGCGGCGACGGGGCCGGACGCCCGCGAGGCCCGGGCCGGCAUGGCCGACACGCUGGCGGGUUCCGGAGACUCGAGCGCGGGCGCCCCCGACGCCGGGCCGCGGCGCCUCCCGGGGCUGCGGCUGCUGGAGCUGCGCGCGGAGCUGAGGCGGCGGCGCCGGGACGCGGGCGGCGGGGGCGGCCUGAGGGAGCGGCCGUGCAGGGCGGUCAAAGAGGAAGCACCAGACCCCGCAGACUUGGCCCUGGCCUGGGAAGCUGCCGCCACCAGGCAGGCCGCCAGGAGAUGCCUCAAAGGGCUGAAGACGGAGGAGGGGGCCACAGAGGACAACGGCCUGGGGAGCGACGACCCCGCGGACGGGCAGGAGGCCCCGGAGCCGGAGGACUCUGGAGAGGACGCGGGCCCGCCUACUGAACCCUCUGACCUCGAAGGGCCGCCCCCAGGAGCAGCAGGCGACAGGACGCUCGGCGUGGUAGCGGACACCUGCAAGUCCGAGCCGGGGGCCGACGGGGUCUCGGACCCAGAGCCCAGGAGCGGGUGGCCGGGCGGCCCGGCGGUGGCGGUGGCAACGACGGAGGAGCACCACCGAGAUGGGCUGGCGUCCCCCGAGGGCAGCCCAGAGGAGGCGGCAGGCGGAUGCCCGGGCCCUGGCCCCCCGCUAGCGCUGGCCGUCGUGAAAAAGGAGCCCCCCAUGGACGAGCAGCUGGAAGCCUCGGGCCUCGACCCCCUGAGCCCAGACCCCGCGACCCCCGGGGUCGGGGAGAGCCGAGUCGCAGCUCCAGAGGGGUCGUCGGCCGAGCAGAGAGCCAGCUCGCUGAAGGAAGAGAGAGACGUAAAGCCCGUCAUCAAGGAGGAGAGAGCUCGCCUGGGUGCGGGCUCCAGCCAGAACCUGUGGGUCAGCGGACUGUCGGCCACCACCCGGGCCACUGACCUCAAGAACCUUUUCGGCAAGUACGGCAAGGUGCUGGGCGCCAAGGUGGUGACGAACGCGCGCAGCCCGGGCGCCCGCUGCUACGGCUUCGUGACCAUGGGUGGCGCCGCUGAGGCCGCCCGCUGCGUUGGGCAGUUGCACAGGACCGAGCUGCACGGCCGCAUGAUCUCAGUGGAGCAGGCUAAGAACGAGCCAACUGGGCGGCCGCCGCGGGACCCCGACCACGACGAGACCCCCGUCCCCGGGCACCCCCCGGCGGCUAUCAAAGUGGAGAAGACGGAGGCCACCCCGGCGGCGGCAGCGGUGAUGGAGAAGCGGCCGGAGGACAUCAAGCAGGAGCGCGGGGAGCCCGAGCCCGAUGGGGCCCCCAGGGCCGCCCCGCCAGGAGGCCGCGCGGCCGAGCGCACAGUGGUCAUGGACAGGGCCAAGGGCGAGCCGGUGGUCAGCGUGAGGGCCGGCGGGGCCCGCGAGCGGGCGGCGGCGGGCCCGGAGGCGGCGGGGGCGGCGGGGGCCGGGCCGCAGGGCGAUGUGCUGAGCUUCCAGAAGAUCAAGGAGCAGCGCGAGCGCGAGCGCCAGCGCCAGAGGGAGCGUGAGAUCCGCGAGGGCGAGCGGCGCCGGGAGCGGGAGCAGCGCGAGCGGGAGCGGCGGCAGGAGGCGGCGCAGGAGCGGCGGGAGCGCGCGCGGCUGCAGCGGGAGCGGCUGCUGCUCGAGUGUCAGCGGCAGCGGCUGGAGCGCGAGCGCGUGCGCGUGGAGCGGGAGCGGCGGCGCGAGCAGGAGCGGAUCCACCGCGAGCGCGAGGAGCUGCGGCGCCAGCAGGACCAGCUGCGCCACGAGCAGGAGCGCCGGGCCAGGAGAGACGGCGCCUACUGGCCCGACGGCAGGCGCCCCGACCACCACCACCACCACCACCACCACCACCACCACCGCUUCCACGAGCCCCCCCACCGGGAGCGCCCCCAGUACGACCACCCCGCCGACAGGAGAGACGGCCGGCGGGCCCCUGGCGAGCGGGACGGGCAGCACUUCCCGGAGGAGCGCCACUGCCGAGACCCCCAAGACUCCUGGGGGGGCUACAGCUCGGACAAGAGGCUGAGCGAGGGCCGGGGACCCCCGCCCCCCAGGCGCAGCUUCCCGCAGGGCAGCCCCUCCCAGGACCCUGGCGGAGGCCCGCACCCCCACCCGCACCCCUACCUGCACCCCCCACUUCAGCCGCCGGUACUGAGCCCGGAGCCCCCGCCGCCAACGUGAACCCCGCGCACUCCCCCUUUUUUUAAUUUUAAAUAAACGUUUUUCUCUUC